AUGGCCUUCAUCCUGGGCUCCUGGCUAGAAAAGUAUCCGGAGGAUUUCUAUCCACCUCAGGACCUGCUUCCCCUCAAGCUGGUGAAGGCCUACUCUCAGCUGAACAUGCCGGGCUCAGAUCUGGAGCGCAGAGCCCGCCUGCUCCUUGUUCAGCUGGAGUCCUCAGAACCCAUGGAGACAGAGCCCCAGGCUCCAGCACCAGGUCCAGCUGUAGGACCACCUCCUCAGGGAGAGCCUGGUCUCACCCCAACUUCUCCAUCAGCACUCCCAGAACCUGAGGAAGAGCCUGCUUCUGUUCCACCUGGAAAUCUACCUGGAGCACCCCCUCCAGAACCUGCUCUAGGGGGUGUUCUGAUGAGAGUUCAUGCCCCAGGAUUUUCUGGAGGGCCUGUCUUCAUGAGAAAUGCCUUGGUGUGGACAGAGCAGGAAUGCAGAGUGAGGAGACAGUCCAUGUAUGGGGCGUCCUUGCUAGGAAUGAUAAAGAGGCAGACAAGUGAUGGAAGGAGAGGAUGUGGAGAGGCUUGGAGACAUCCCAGAUUUCCAAAUAUGAAAAUACUAGCUGGAAAUGACUCUGUAGUGACUGAAUUUAUUCUUGCUGGACUAACAGAUCGUCCAGAGCUCCAGCAACCUCUCUUUUACUUGUUCCUUAUGAUUUACAUAGUCACCAUGGUGGGAAAUAUUGGCUUGGUCAUACUUAUAGGGCUAAAUCAUCACCUUCACACCCCCAUGUACUAUUUCCUCUUCAAUUUGUCCUUCAUAGAUCUCUGUUACUCUUCUGUUUUCACCCCUAAAAUGCUAAUAAACUUUAUAUCAGAGAAGAAUAUCAUCUCCUAUGUUGGGUGCAUGACUCAACUGUUUUUCUUUCUCUUCUUUGUCAUCUCUGAAUGCUAUAUAUUGACCUCCAUGGCAUAUGAUCGCUAUGUGGCCAUUUGCAAUCCAUUGUUGUAUAAAGUCACCAUGUCCCAUCAGGUCUGUUCUAUGCUGACAAUUGUUGCAUAUGUAAUGGGGUUUGUUGGAGCCACUGCCCACACUGGCUGUAUGCUUAAACUAACUUUCUGUAAGGCUAAUAUCAUCAACCAUUACUUGUGUGACAUCCGCCCUCUCCUCCAUCUCUCUUGUACCAGCACCUAUGUCAAUGAGGUAGUAGUUUUCAUUGUGGUGGGUAUCAAUGUUACAGUACCCAGUUUUACCAUCCUAAUUUCAUAUAUUUUCAUUUUUAUCAGCGUUCUUCAUAUCAAAUCUACUCAAGGAAGAGCAAAAGCCUUCAGCACCUGUAGCUCUCAUAUCAUUGUUAUUUUAAUUUUUUUUGGGUCAGCAGCAUUUAUGUAUCUUAAAUAUUCUUCUCCUGCAUCUAUGGACCAAGGGAAAGUUUCAUCUAUUUUCUAUACUAAUGUGGGUCCCAUGCUUAACCCUCUGAUCUACAGUUUGAGGAACAAGGAUGUGAAAGUAGCCCUGAGGAAAGCUUUCAUUAAAAUCCAGAGGAGAAACAUAUUAUAA